CCCCGCGCAUCGAACCUCCUCGCUGUGUCCAUCGCGACCCCCCCGACCUGAUGCCAUGACGCCAUGACGCCAUGCUGGCGGACUACAGUCGGGAGCGGUCCUUCACCAUAGGUGGCACCACCAUCAACCCGAGCACUUGGAGACGAUGGCACUUGCGCAUUGGCGGCUGUUGCAGGUGGUUCUGCGGCUCUCCGGUCUGGCCCGGGGGGCCAGAGACCGUGGAGCUGCGGCGGCGCUACGCGGAGAUCGAGGCCACUUACGAAGGCAUCAUCACCCUGGAGGCCAAUGGCCGAGGCAUCGAUGACUACUUCACGAAGAGCCAUGUGCUUGGCGAGGGAGGCUUUGGCACUGUUUGGCAGGCCACUCCCACGAAGCGUGCGGUGAAGGCGCUGCCUGCCUUGCGGAUGGGUCAAGGCUAUGCCUUGAAACGCGUGCGGCUGCCACUGCGGGACGCGGAGAUCGAGAUGAUCUCCAAGAGCCUUUUGGGCGUCAGCACAGGGCGCAUGCUCCAGUUCUUGAAGGUGAUCGCUAGCCCCGAGGCCACGGAGGAGCAUGUGACGCGGAACCUGCUGCGGAUCUUGGAGAUCCCACACACAAUGCAUAUCGCGAUGGAGCUACUGGAGGGGCCGACCUUGCGGGAUUGGCUCGUGCAGCUGGAAAACAAGCCACUGCCUGAGACUCUGGCGAGCGAGCUGGCAAAGCAGAUGCUGAAGGCGGUGCACUUCUUGCACCGGAGCGCUGGGGCGCUGCACCGGGACGUGAAGCCCCAGAACUUCGGCUUCGCACGGCCGGUGGUGCAGGAUCAACCGCCAACGCUUCAGCUGUUUGAUAUGGGCAUGGUCCAUGUCCUUCCGGAGCCGGUCGUGGAGGCUUCAGCGCGAGAACUGUAUGCCUUGGGGAUGGGCGGAACGAUGCAUUGGAUCCCACCGGAGACUUGGGCCGGGCGCAGCGGCGCCUGCUCCGACCUCUGGGGCGUCGGUCUGGUGGUGCACGUGCUGCUGCUGCGGCAGCUGCCCUUUGGACUGCAGCAUUGUGAGGGCCGGGUGGCUGUCUGGGACGCCAUCCGCACUGGCGCCGUGGCUUCCUCGAACGCCAAUGUGUCGAAGGAGGCCAUGUACAUCCUUGGGCAGCUCUUGGAGAAGGAGCCGCUGCUCCGCGCCACCUCCAGCGAAGCGCUGCAGUGUGAGUGGCUCAACCGCAGCCGGGCGAGCUCCGACCUGCGGACGCCCACGCCCGGUGCCCGGAAGACGGUGGCCAAGGCGGUGCAGCAGCGCAAGGUGCAGCUGCCGGUGGAGACCGAACGCUGGGAGGAGCGAUCCUUUUGGCAGUCGCUGAUGCUUCAGACGUCUCAAUGGUCCAAGCCUGACUGAGAGGCCACUACCUGGGAGGAUGUUUGUUUGAAUGGAAUCGUUCUUUACGACCCGCGCUUUCCGUGCGGAAGCGCCCCCCAAACGGAAGCGCGCAUGCUGAUCUCUGAGUGGUGGACUGGAUGAAUCGUGAGCGCCGCGGUGGUACGGGCGGUGGUCUGCGCGGUGGUCGAGAAAAAGGCAGGGCGGCUGAGUACUGAUGAAAGACGAUGAGACCUUGAAACACCACCGUUUUUUUCGAUGGCAGAUGAAGACCUGGUGAGUGGGCCUUGAGAAAAGGCCCCGAAGGGACCAGCCUCGAUCGCUUCAGCGUGAUACGUUUGGAAGGGGCAACCUGCCUUUCACCUCUCCCAGUCGAUCACGAGCGC